CAGUGCCACCUGUCAGUGCCCAUCAGUGUCAGCUCUCAGUGCUCAUCCAUGCCACCUGCCAGUGCCACAUCAAUGCCACAUAUCAGUGCCUACCAGUGCACAUCAAUGCCACAUAUCAGUGCCCAACAGAGCUGCCUUUCAGUGUCACCCAUCAGUGCCAGUCAGUGCCACCUAUCAAUGCCAAUCAGUGCCACCUAUCAGUGCUGCCAAUCAGUGCCACCGAUCAGUGUCAGUCAGUGCCGCCUAUCAGUUGCCACCUAUCAGUGCCACCUAUCAAUGCCAUAUAUCAGUGCUGCCUUUCAGUGCCCAUCAGUGUUGUCUGUCAAUGCCCAUCAGUGCCACCUAUCAGUGCCAGUCAGUGCUGCCUUUCAGUGCCCAUCAGUGAUGUCUGUC